AUGUCACGCAACCAAGAUACUGAGAACCCUUUCGAGCCCUCCUCGCAUCUCGACUCGAACCCGUUCGAGAAUCAAUCCGCGAAGAAUCCAUUCCAGCAUCCCAACGAUUCAGCAUUCUCAUUUGACUCGCAAGAUACAGCCAGAGGACUCGGAAGGGCCGAAGCCGGUCAAGCAGGGACAGGGUACGGAUAUGGUGCUGGGCGCGGCGGGUCUAAUGCCCCGGCUUCUUCUGGAGCUGCCGAUCCAUAUGCUGCCCGUGAGGCUGAUCUGAGGAGACGUGAAGAGGAAUUGAGACGACGAGAGACGGCUUUGGGGAUGAAGGAGAACAACUGGCCGCCUUUUUUCCCUUUUAUCCACCAUAACAUUCAAGAACUGCCGGACGACCAUCAACCAGUCAUGAAAUUCCUCUAUACCCAGUGGCUCGCUUUGAUUGUCACCCUCAUCGUCAAUCUCGUUGGAUGCGUCCUACUGCUGAUCUCAGGGUCAUCAGAAGGAGGAGCCGACACCGCCGCUUCGGCGGGCUAUCUCCCAGUCAUCGGAGCAUUGUCAUUCAUACUGUGGUAUCGACCGAUUUACCUCGGCUUCGAGCGUACAGAAGGCAAAGCCAUGGCCUUCUUCUUCUAUCUCUACUUUGCAUUUGCAGGCUGUCAUCUCCUCUUCAGCAUCUACAUGGCGGUCGGCAUUCCCUCUACUGGAUCUGCCGGACUAAUCAACACGAUUCAAAUGUUUAGUCAGGGUCAUAUCCUCGCCGCCAUAUUCUGCCUCUUGGCCUCUAUCGGAUGGGUCUUGCAAGUUGCAGGUGGAGGUUUGCUGUACAAGAAGGUGUGGGACUUCAAGAACAGUAAUGGAGACAUCACAUUUGCAGAGGCCACAAACCAGUUCAAGAAGAACUCGAUCACGACGAUCCUGUUACAUCAGGCUCGACUUGGCUGA